AUGCUUAAGGGCUUCAAGCGAAUCGAGUCCAAGCCCGAGACAUCGAACUGCAUGCCAGUCGGAUGGUAUUACCUGCACGUGGGCAAGAGGCCCCUCCAGCCAGCAAUGGCAGACAAGUGCACCAUCGCCAUGGAGGCGACGUGGCCGGGGGCGCCAGAGGCCGACGCGCUGCCCCGGUCCAGCGUGCACGGGGCGGUUUUGGUCGGCAAGGUCGUCGACGCCAGCGCCUUGGAGACCCCUUGGGCAUUCGCAGAGUGGCCAAAGGCCCACGUGAUCCUGGAAUCCCACGAGCUUCAGUCCCCGAUCCAAGGAGUGAAGGGCCAGCAGAGCGCGUGGUACAUCCACGACCCGGGUAAGCAGGGGUCGUUGACCGAGGCCCUGGCGCAGGCGACCCACCACGUCUUCCCGCCGUUCGCGCCUGAGCUGGCCGACGCGAGGGCGACGUCAAGGCCUCGAAGGGCCGCCGCUGUCGGCGCGCCCUGGCCCCGCAGGCUCCCCGCCAAGCGGCGCAGCGACGCCGGGGUCACGAGGAGCGCCAAGGCCUUGUGCACCCGGCGCGGACAGAGCCGGAUGCAGCCAGGACCGCCGGCGCCCGAGGAGAGCGCGGCCAAGGCCCCCGCGUCGCUGGUCGCUCCUGACGCGCCCACCGGCCGAGGCGUCGAGAGGCGUUCCCUGGCGCAGCGCGUGGCGGCAGGGAGGACGUUGUCACGGCUGGUGCAUUUGAUGGGCAUGCAUUUCCUCCACGAGCCAGUCGUCUUCGGCACCGCGGAUCCGCCGCGGCCGCGCGGGGGCCUUUUCGCAAUCAGCAGAGGGCAGCUCGCGUUCAUCCUGGGCGUAUUCACCCGCCGGGGGAAGCCGCUCGCGGACAUCGCCCCGCUGGUGGCGUGCCGCGACGGCGGCCGCGAUCUCCUGAAGGCAUCGUACAGUCACGCCACCACGUGCCCCGCAAGCCAUCUCGUCGACGUCGGCCUCCACUGCGCAGUCGCCACCGGGGUCGCUGAUCGACGCGGGGCGAGCAUUCUGUUCGAGGAUGUGCGGGAGUCGCGAUGCGCCUUGCCAGAGCCGAAAGCAGACGACCUGCGCCAGACUCGCCAGGCCGCGCAGGCGUGGGCCGGCGGGGACAUGGAGUUGCCGUGCGAUGGCAGCUGCCACGUGGACCACAGCGUCGGUGAAAUCAUUCCCGCGGGGUUGCAGAAGCAUUUGGCAGAGCAGGAGGCGCUUGGCGUGCCGCACCACGCAGCGAUUAGCAGCGAGGACCACAAGUGCUUCUGGGUGCUGGCCUUGCCUUUGCCCCGGCAGUUCGACGCGAGGCGGAGACGCUGCCGCACAUGCGCGGCGGCUGGUCUUCCGAACCGUUAUUUCGCCACGGACGUCAGCGACGUGGUGGCCGCUGUGCCGGGCGUGCUCCACUUGCGCUUGGAGAAGCAAGGGUCGGUGUUCAUGACCAAGCAGUUCUUGUUGCACCUCGUCCAGCUCUUCCACGAUAGACUUUGUCUUCGGCAGACUCGCCGCGCUUUAGUGGAGCAAUACUGCGCUGGCGCUGCAGGGCUCCGAGCGGCCGGGCGAGUCCUCUCGUACUUGCGAGCCAUUCCCACGGCGCCGGGCCUCAAGCAAAUCUUGUUGACGGCGCUCGAGGGCUACCUGGCCGAGGCGACCCGCCACAUGCAGAAACACAUCAACGUGUACUCGGGCGCCGUCAUCAGGGGCGACGGCAAUUACGAGCAGGCCCGGAAGGUCGCCGUGGAGGGCGACGGUGGGAGAGAUCGCCCGUACACGGUCCUGCUGGCCUGGGUGACCGUGGACGGGGCGCUCUACCAGCCGCCGACGCCUUCAAGGUCAGAGGACGUGAAGGAUGUACUGCAGGACCUGGGCCCUCUGGUGGGCAGCUUCAAGCAGGACCGGCUGGAGGCAGGUCUCAGCCUAGUGGACUCGGCUCCGGCAGUGCACGCCACGGACGUCUACGGAAGGCAGCGGUUGCAGCUGAAUGCUUUCUACAGAAGGAUGUACCCGGAGCUCGACGCCGACGCGGCGGCAGGGGCCCCGACGCCGAGGGGCGACACGACGGGCGCUCGGACGCGCUUCGCCGGUUCUCCGACCACAGUGACAGGCGAUCCGCUGCACGACACGCUGGCUGUCAUGCGGCUCAUCAGCGCGGCCUCGCCAGACGCGCGGAAUAUGUGCUACGACCACAAGCGCCGCGAGGACAUGCUGAACCGCUUGUCGCUGCCGCCGCGACGCCCCGCUGCCGCUGCCCUGGUGCCCGCAGAACAGCUGCCCUCCGCACCAGUUGCCGGCCCGCCCGACGUGGGCGCAGGGGAACCGGCUGCGCAGCCGCUGGCAGUGGAGCACCAUGAGAUGCUGCGCAAGGCGGUGGAAAACACCAAGGAACAGACUGCAGCGGCAAUCAGGGAGAACCCUGCUUCUGCGGACGCGGUUGCAGCAUGCUUGAAGCAGCCGCGGGUGGACCAGGAGCCCACGUGGCGCACCAUUUUCGGCGCGUCGCCGACGCGGGGCGCCGUUCUUCGACUGUGCGCAGCGUUCGGGGUGCAUGCGCACGACACGCUGGGAUACCACGGCUUCGAGACGCUGGCGUGUUUCAAGAAUGCCAUCCGGACGCGCCUCAAGUGGUACGCGCCCGGGCGCAAAACGUGCCGGGCGAUGCGCGGCAUCUGCAGGCGCCUUCAGGCCGCCUCGCGCCUCCACGGCAAGCGCUCGGCCUUGACCAUGUCCGUGCAGGCCCACUACGACCGCCUGCUCAAACCCCUGCGCCUCGAAGGCUUGUGGAAGUGGCGCGACGCUGCGCUGGCGAUCGCCGAUGCUGGCGUCCCGCUGCAGACCGGCACCGUUGCCGUGGAACGCUGGUGGGCGAGCCUGAAACACACGAUGCCGGCCAAGGCGGCUUGCAUUUCGGAGAGGUGGUUCCGGGUGUUGGUUGGCCUCGCGUAUUUGCGGCACAACCACCGGCACUUCGCGAGCGGGUCUUUGCCCAGCUGGUGCUGGGGGGACCCUUUGCUGCAGCAGCGUCUGGCAUACUUCGCGGACUGCGCCCGGCUCGUGCAGUCCGAGGGCGACGGCCACUUGAGCGCCAUCUUCGACCCGUUCCGCUGA